AGAGAAUGUUCUGCACCAUUUCCCAGGGAACAAAAUCAUAUCUGUUUGUGGGGUGCACUUCACCAGUGAGUACGGAGAGAAAGGAGAUUUCUGGGUGACUGAAGAGAUGCCGCAGGCUCCAGUGUGCACAGAGAAUAUGACGGCCAAUGACUGAUGGCUGAUGAAGAUUACCAGUCUCUGGUUGUGUCUCUGAGUUUCACUGGGGAAUGCGGUUCCGUGCAAACUGCUGCUGACAGGACCCAUUGCAUUCCCGGUGCUGGUGUCGCCCCGAAAAGAUGUGCUCAUCGCUGCCUCUCGCUAUGGGAAAGGGAAAGUAGUGGUUCUGGCCCAUGAGGGUUAUCUUAGUACAGAGAAGUUUAUGGGCUUUUUAAAAAAUGCUGUAUCUUGGCUGAGGCCAAACCCAGAUGCCAUUAUUGGGGUUCAUACUACAUUACCAGUGUUAGCCCAUAAUCUAUCUGGGUACAAAGUCCGAAAUACUUCCACCCUGAUUCAGGGCCUGGGCGUGUUCUGCACUAACGGAUAUGAGGCCCACCAAGCUGAGGAGAUCAUCUCAUUUGUGCGAGGGGGAGGCGGCCUGCUGAUUGGGGCGCAGGCUUGGCACUGGUCCUACAGCCAUAAAGAGAAUGUUCUGCACCAUUUCCCAGGGAACAAAAUCAUAUCUGUUUGUGGGGUGCACUUCACCAGUGAGUACGGAGAGAAAGGAGAUUUCUGGGUGACUGAAGAGAUGCCGCAGGCUCCAGUGUGCACAGAGAAUAUGGCGGCUAAUGAAGAUUACCAGUCUCUGGUCCGUGGCGUUGCGUCUCUGAGUUUCACUGGGGAUGCGGUUCCGUGCAAACUGCUGCUGACAGGACCCUGUGCAUUCCCGGUGCUGGUGUCGCCCCGAAAAGAUGUGCUCAUCGCUGCCUCUCGCUAUGGGAAAGGGAAAGUAGUGGUUCUGGCCCAUGAAGGUUAUCUUAGUACACAGGAGUUUAUGGGCUUUUUAAAUAAUGCUGUAUCUUGGCUGAGGCCAAACCCAGAUGCCGUUAUUGGGGUUCAUACUACAUUACCAGUGUUAGCCCAUAAUCUAUCUGGGUACAAAGUCCGAAAUACUUCCACCCUGAUUCAGGGCCUGGGCGUGUUCUGCACUAACGGAUAUGAGGCCCACCAAGCUGAGGAGAUCAUCUCAUUUGUGCGAGGGGGAGGCGGCCUGCUGAUUGGGGCGCAGGCUUGGCACUGGUCCUACAGCCAUAAAGAGAAUGUUCUGCACCAUUUCCCAGGGAACAAAAUCAUAUCUGUUUGUGGGGUGCACUUCACCAGUGAGUACGGAGAGAAAGGAGAUUUCUGGGUGACUGAAGAGAUGCCGCAGGUUGCAGUGUGCACAGAUUACCAGUCUCUGGUCCGUGGCGUUGCGUCUCUGAGUUUCACUGGGGAUCCGGUUCCGUGCAAACUGCUGCUGAGAAAACCAACUGCAUUCCCGGUGCUGGUGUCGCCCCGAAAAGAUGUGCUCAUCGCUGCCUCUCACUAUGGGAAAGGGAAAGUAGUGGUUCUGGCCCAUGAGGGUUAUCUCAACACAGAGGAGUUUAUGGCUUUUCUGAAAAAUGCUGUAUCUUGGCUGAGUCCUAAUUCAGAUGCCGUUAUUGGGGUUCAUACUACAUUACCAGUGUUAGCCAAUAAUCUAUCUGGUGCCGGGUACAAAGUCCGAAAUACUUCCACCCUGAUUCAGGGCCUGGGCGUGUUCUGCACUAACGGAUAUGAGGCCCACCAAGCUGAGGAGAUCAUCUCAUUUGUGCGAGGGGGAGGCGGCCUGCUGAUUGGGGCGCAGGCUUGGCACUGGUCCUACAGCCAUAAAGAGAAUGUUCUGCACCAUUUCCCAGGGAACAAAAUCAUAUCUGUUUGUGGGGUGCACUUCACCAGUGAGUACGGAGAGAAAGGAGAUUUCUGGGUGACUGAUGAGAUGCCGCAGGCUCCAGUGUGCACAGAGAAUAUGGCGGCUGAUGAAGAUUACCAGUCUCUGGUCCGUGGCGUUGCGUCUCUGAGUUUCACUGGGGAUGCGGUUCCGUGCAAACUGCUGCUGACAGGACCCUGUGCAUUCCCGGUGCUGGUGUCGCCCCGAAAAGAUGUGCUCAUCGCUGCCUCUCGCUAUGGGAAAGGGAAAGUAGUGGUUCUGGCCCAUGAGGGUUAUCUUAGUACACAGGAGUUUAUGGGCUUUUUAAAAAAUGCUGUAUCUUGGCUGAGGCCAAACCCAGAUGCCGUUAUUGGGGUUCAUACUACAUUAACAUUGUUAGCCCAUAAUCUAUUUGGGUACAAAAUCCGAAAUACUUCCACCCUGAUUCAGGGCCUGGGCGUGUUCUGCACUAACGGAUAUGAGGCCCACCAAGCUGAGGAGAUCAUCUCAUUUGUGCGAGGGGGAGGCGGCCUGCUGAUUGGGGCGCAGGCUUGGCACUGGUCCUACAGCCAUAAAGAGAAUGUUCUGCACCAUUUCCCAGGGAACAAAAUCAUAUCUGUUUGUGGGGUGCACUUCACCAGUGAGUACGGAGAGAAAGGAGAUUUCUGGGUGACUGAUGAGAUGCCGCAGGCUCCAGUGUGCACAGAGAAUAUGGCGGCUGAUGAAGAUUACCAGUCUCUGGUCCGUGGUGUUGCGUCUCUGAGUUUCACUGGGGAUGCGGUUCCGUGCAAACUGCUGCUGACAGGACCCUGUGCAUUCCCGGUGCUGGUGUCGCCCCGAAAAGAUGUGCUCAUCGCUGCCUCUCGCUAUGGGAAAGGGAAAGUAGUGGUUCUGGCCCAUGAGGGUUAUCUUAGUACACAGGAGUUUAUGGGCUUUUUAAAAAAUGCUGUAUCUUGGCUGAGGCCAAACCCAGAUGUCAUUAUUGGGGUUCAUACUACAUUACCAGUGUUAGCCCAUAAUCUAUCUGGGUACAAAGUCCGAAAUACUUCCACCCUGAUUCAGGGCCUGGGCGUGUUCUGCACUAACGGAUAUGAGGCCCACCAAGCUGAGGAGAUCAUCUCAUUUGUGCGAGGGGGAGGCGGCCUGCUGAUUGGGGCGCAGGCUUGGCACUGGUCCUACAGCCAUAAAGAGAAUGUUCUGCACCAUUUCCCAGGGAACAAAAUCAUAUCUGUUUGUGGGGUGCACUUCACCAGUGAGUACGGAGAGAAAGGAGAUUUCUUGGUGACUGAAGAGAUGCCGCAGGCUCCAGUGUGCACAGAUUAUGAUUUCUCAGUGGGUCAGAAGUUCCUCCUGAAUGGCGUCUCUCAGCUGGACAUCAGUGGGCCGAGUGUCCCCUCAGACCCCCUCUUGCACGGCGCUUCGUCCUUCCCAGUUGGGUCGAGUGAAGACCAACAGUGCUUUGUUGGAGCUGCAUAUUAUGGCCAAGGGCGAGUGGUUGUAGCCACACAUGAAGAUUUCCUCUCCAAACCAGAACUGAAGACUUUAAUGCUUAAUGCCAUAUCUUGGCUGGACGUAGGGCAGAGAAGAAUCGGAGUCCAUGCCGACCUGAGGGGCUUUGCUGAAGUUCUGCAGAAGGAAAACAUCCCCUGUCGGGUAUCAAGUUUAACCCCCAAGCUGAGUGUCUACUGCUGCCCGUCCUACAGCGACGCUGAAGCAAAGGCCGUCCAUCAGUUUGUUGCAGAGGGGGGAGGGCUUCUUAUCGCUGGCCAUGCCUGGUGGUGUUCCUAUCAGAAUUCAGCCUGCAAUGUCCUCAACUACCCUGGAAACAAAAUACUGAACAGGUUUGGGAUUAGCAUUCUGUGUAGAGCCGUCCCUCAGGGCAUCUAUUGGGCAGUCAGUCCCAAUGAAGCCAGUCACCAAAAUAACUGCCACAGAGCACUUCAUCAUUUGCAGGUUGCACUAAAGAGCGGUACCAAACUGCUACAGCCCAUCAGCACCAGGAUGCGCAAACUCAGGCAGAAUGUCAGCGCUUUUAUGAGGCACUCGGCCUGUUGUGUUCCCAAUGUCAGCAAGACUUGUCCUGUGAGCGGCUGCUCCGAAGAAGCUUUACUGCUGAGUUUGGCCCACAAAUCCCAUAAUAUGAGCCACAAGUGCGAUGAAUUGAGUAUUCUGGAGAAGGAAACAGUCACUGUUAAUAUUGAUGCCACCAACCCAGGUGCCGACGCUUGGAGAAGCACCGGCCUUUAUUUGCCCCCCAGAAAGGCAGUGGUUAUUGAGUUCCCGGCCUCAGCCGUUCAGCAAGGUUUCCAGGUGCAGGUCGGCUGUCACUCAGAUGAUCCGAGCGCUAAAGAAACGCUUAAUCGAGCGCCGGCCGUUGUUCGCAGGAUUCAUGUUGAUCGCCAGAAGGUUCCAGUGUCCAGUUUCUGGGGAGGCCUCCUGUACAUCAUUGUGAGGUCUAACAGCAACUUUGGUACCGUCCCAGUCAGGGUGUAUGGAGCAGAACCAGCCCCAAUCUAUAUAAAGGGCAAAACCAGCCUGGAUUCCUGGUUACAUUCAAUCCGCCAGUUGCCUGCCCCUUGGGCCGAGCUGGUUGCAGAGAACAUUAUCCUGACUGUCCCAUCAGAUGCCGUUCGCUCACUAAAGAAUCCAGAAGCCCUGCUGUCUCUUUGGGACAGGAUCAUGGCGGCUAUUGCUGACCUUGCAGCCAAACCCAAGAAAUUUCCACGACCUGAGCGUAUUGUUGCAGAUGUGCAGAUCUCAGCUGGUUGGAUGCAUGCUGGAUACCCCAUCAUGUGUGACUUGGAAUCGGCUAAAGAGCUGACGGAUCUACACCAUAUGGAGAAAGAGGGGAUCUGGGGGCCAAUUCAUGAACUUGGCCACAACCAACAGAAAACACAGUGGGAGUUCCCACCCCAUACCACGGAAGCCACGUGUAACCUCUGGGCUGUGUAUGUGCAUGAAACGGUCCUUGGGAUCCCGCGGGAUAGAGCCCACGGCAACCUUCAGCCCAACGUCCGGACGUCUCGUAUCAAAAGUUACUUGCAGAAUGGAGCCAACUUAGAGCAGUGGGAUGGAUGGACAGCGUUGGAGACCUACCUACAGCUGCAGGAAGGCUUGGGCUGGGACCCAUUCAGGCGCCUAUACAGAGACCCGAGCAUCUCCGGCAUGAGCAAUGAAAACACAUUCAAGAUGAAUCUGUGGGCGGAGAAGUUCUCUCGGGCCGCGCAGACCAAUCUGGUUCCGUUCUUUGAGGCCUGGGGAUGGCCCAUUGACCAAUUGACUCGCAGUAAACUCUCCGCAUUGCCCGUAUGGGAGAAGGAUCCCAUGAAGCCCUAUGUUACUGCCAAGAAGUCUGUCUGAUUUACUUCUCACUAUUCUCCUGUACUAAUAUAGGAAAUACUAACACAUAAAACACUAUUAUUGGCUUCUAUGUAGGUGUCAUGUUCGGCCCAGCAGUAAAGGGUUAAGUUUUCAAUUUAGAAGUCUGCUUGGAAUCCACAUUGGAAGGAAACCCCUCACAGUAGGGGGUAAUUCACAAAUGGGAUGACCCUCCCCGCGCUACAGUGGGAUGACCCUCCCCGCGCUACAGUGGGAUGACCCUCCCCGCGCUACAGUGGGAUGACCCUCCCCGCGCUACAGUGGGAUGACCCUCCCCGCGCUACAGUGGGAUGACCCUCCCCGCGCUACAGUGGGAUGACCCUCCCCGCCGCUACAGUGGGAUGACCCUGGGAUGACCCUCCCCGCGCUACAGUGGGAUGACCCUCCCCGCGCUACAGUGGGAUGACCCUCCCCGCGCUACAGUGGGAUGACCCUCCCCGCGCUACAGUGGGAUGACCCUCCCCGCGCUACAGUGGGAUGACCCUCCCCGCGCUACAGUGGGAUGACCCUCCCCGCGCUACAGUGGGAUGACCCUCCCCGCGCUACAGUGGGAUGACCCUCCCCGCGCUACAGUGGGAUGACCCUCCCCGCGCUACAGUGGGAUGACCCUCCCCGCGCUACAGUGGGAUGACCCUCCCCGCGCUACAGUGGGAUGACCCUCCCCGCGCUACAGUGGGAUUACUGGAAAAUAAAAAGGUCAACAGAACAGCCAGUUACCAAAUGAUGACCCGCCCUCUCACCUUUCUCAUUGGAUGGGGGGCGUGAACUUUGUAACCUGGGGUGGGGUCAUGUGACAAGUUCCUGGGCACUCCUCAUGCAUACGAUAAUGAGGGAGGGGCCCAGCAGGAAGGAUAAAAAGGGUACACCCCCAGGUACUGAGAGCUCAUUGUGAGGUCCCAAUAUGUUGGGGGAGGGGCUCAGGAUUUCCAACCUCUUGCCUCAGAGGGCACAGGAUAUUCGGUAACGUACUUAGGGUUUCUCUGUGUUUCUAUCCCCUUUUAUUUUUUAUUUACUGUUUGUACGUGUCUCUUUUGUAACAUCUGUGUAAUGCACUGUUUACCCUGUAAUAUUAAAUAUAAAAUGUAA